AUGGGAUGCAAAGAUAGCAAUGAUAACAUUGGGUAUAUCUUGAAGCGUGUUCAAAGGCAAACACUUGGUUUUUUUAAGGAGCAAGCCCUAGUUUAUAACCUUGAUAAACAAAUAUGUUUAUCAAAUAGAAUUUUCUUCAAUUUAAUUGACCCCCUUUUUCUUAACUUAAAAUACAGAUAUUAUGUAAAUGAUUUUUUCACAAAAUUUAGUGGAAAGAAAAUAUUGUUUGUGGGGGAUUCACUAAGCCUAAAUCAAUGGCAAUCUCUUACUUGCAUGCUUCAUGCGGGCAAUCCAAACGCUACAUACAACUUGACGCAGCAACAACCCAUGUAUUCCUUUCAAUUUCCUGAGUAUAAUCUCACAAUUAAUAUGCAAUGGCAUCAAUUCCUAGUGGACAUAGAUGUGGAACCAACAGGCAGAAUUUUAAAGCUUGAGUCUAUCAAGGGUGGUGAUGCAUGGACUGAUUUUGACUUGCUCAUCUUUGAUAGUUGGCAUUGGUGGUUUUAUGUUCCACCCCAGCAACCAUGGGAUUUCAUACAACUAGGAAAUGAAACAAAGAAGGAUAUGAAUCGAAUAGAGGCAUUCAAGAUUGCACUAGGAACUUGGGCAAAAUGGGUUGAUUCUGCGCUUGAUCAUAGUAGAACCAAAGUUUUUUAUCAGGGCAUCUCAGCGUCGCACUAUCAUGGCAUUGAUUUUGGGAAACCAACGGCACAAGGUUGUUAUAAGGAGACACAACCAAUACUUGGAUCAAAAAGCCCAGCACCACCAAGCCCAGGAAUCGGUAUAGUGAAUAACAUAUUGGGCCAAAUGAAUAACCCAACUUUCUUUUUGGACGUCUCAUUGUUGACCCAAUUAAGGCCCGAUGCACAUCCUCAAAAAUAUGGUGCCUCAAAAACUGGUGGAGAUUGCACACAUUGUUGUCUUGCUGGUGUUCCUGAUACUUGGAAUUUACUCCUUUAUGCUUCUUUAUAGUUUUUUAGGCCUUUAUUUUUCAUUUUUUAUGAUUAAUUAAGGUAUACACAAUUAAAGUCUCAUUCUUGAUAGACUUAAGUUGUUGAAAUACACAUUUAUUUUUAAUGAAAUGUUUAAGAAAUAAAAAGUUUAAAUUGUCCUCCUUCCUUAUGGUACUCGCAGAUAGCCAUAUAUAGGUCUGUACAUUAUAAUUGCAUUAUUCCUUUGACUUUAUAGAUUUAUAUUACUGUUUUUAUUGUUUAUAAUGUUUUAUAAACAAUAAAAACAGUAAUAUAAAUCAAUAUUAACCGGGGCUUCCUCUAUUGUACUAUUUUCUAUGUACUCCCUCUGCCCACGAUUAUCUGCACCAAAUGUAUUUUUUGCGGAUUCCUAAGCAAAACUUUUAGUGUAGUUUAAUUAAGUUUGAGUGGGUUUAAUUAAAUAGUAAAAAUGAGGAAAAUAGGAGACAGAAAGUGGUCCCAUAUGUUUAAGUAUGACAGUGGGUUAAAGUGAGUGGGAAAGAGGAGAGAGAAAGUGGUCCCACAUGUUUAAUUAAAAAAGGUUAAACAAAAUUAAUACAAAAAAGUAAGGGUAAGAUGGUCUUUUUACAUUUUAAAUUUUACAAAAAGAGGAAAGAAAAAAAAUUUGUUGCACAUAAUAGAGAGCACCCAUUUAUGACAAAUGUUGCAGAUAAUUGUGGACGGAGGGAGUAUAAGAAAUGUGAGUGGGACACAAAUCCUAAGUGCAUGAAAAAAAUGUACAUACACAUGAGUUGAGGCUUAAAAAUUUAAAGAAAUAUGGGCUAUUUUUGGUAGUUGAGUGAAUAAAAAAAAAUACGAAGGCAGUUUGGUCUUUUCAUAGUGUCCAAAAAAUGGAAACAAUAGAUUGGGACACCUAAAAUGAAAAAUGGGAAAAAUGAUAUGGGACACCUGUAGACACCCAUUUGUGUCUCCCCAAAACCAAACCCAGUGAUGAGUGCC